ACGAGGGCCAUCAUGCGGAAGAGUCCCGGGGAUCUGAUUAUCUUCAAGGCAAACCUUCUGGAUUGGAUUAUUUCUGUAUUUUGCAGCUGAAGACAAUACAUUUUAUUAAAACAACUGAGCUACAGUUAACUUCAAAAUGUCGUCGGAGGAGUUCGAGAAGCUGCAUGAAAUCUACAAAUCUCUGUUCGAGGAGCUGAAGCUGAUGCCGGACAGAGCUCUCAAAAUCCACGGAGAGGAGAGGAAGAGGCUGGUGAGGAGCUUCGAUGAGCGGCAGGGGGAGGCUGAGGAAGUGUUACAAGGAAUGGAAGAGGAGCUGCGCGCCGCCCCUCCGUCCUACCGGAACGCUAUGAGCACAAAGCUUCGUCUGUACCGCCGAGAUCUGGGCAAACUGCAGCGGGACAUGAAAAGCUCUGCACCUGGGUCCGGCUUCUCUUCGCAGCCAGGACAAGGAAGUCAUCACGGCAUCUAUUCAUCACAGAAUCAACAAAGUACACACCUGCAGUCCCAGAGGGCUUUGCUCCUCCAGGGCACGGACUCUCUGAACAACGCCAGCCAGAGUAUCGAACGAAGUCAGCGCAUCGCCGCCGAGUCGGAGCAGAUCGGCACAGAUAUCAUCGAGGAGCUGGGAGAACAGAGGGAACAGCUGGACCGAACCAGAAACAGAUUGGAAAAUACUGGAGAGAACCUCAGUCGAAGUAGAAAAAUUCUGCGUGCCAUGUCGCGGCGGCUGAUGACGAACAAGCUGCUAUUAGCCGUCAUCAUUAUAAUGGAGUUGGCUAUUCUGGGAGCUGUGGUUUAUCUGAGGUUCUUCCAACAUAAACACUGAGCUGUGGAUCCAGACUCUCCUCAUCUGUCUCCACUGACUGUCCAGUAGCAAUAAUACUGUUCUGCUGUUUCCAGCCAACUUGUUCCUGUGAUUGCAUCGAGGUGGUGAACAUUUACCUGGAGGGGAUUCUGUCCAUGGGCAGGUGAAGAACGGCUAAUUGUUGAACCUGUUAAUGGACCAAACCCACAGAGACUCUUUGCACUGAUGUUUUCACUGUUUAAUCAGUCUGUUGAUGCCAAUGACGCCCUGCAGGAUGAUGCUACAGACGCCACGGAUGAUUCUCUGGAAGGUUUUGGACAAACAAUCUACUUAUUCCAACAUGUGUAGACUGUGUGGUGACAGUAUUUGUGAAAUGUUACCGAUAGAUGCAGCAGUUUUAAAAGGAUCAAGAUACAUAACUGUUGGAAUUCAGCUGCUUUUUCGCUUUAUCAAACUAAACCACAUAAUAUAAUGAAAUGACACGACACCAGCUGAAUCUGUAGCUGAACGUGAAACCUGGGUUGAGAAAGUCUUAAUACAGAUGCAAUGUUUUUAACAGUUAAUGUCUAUUUACUGUAUAAUACAGAAAUCGCUGUUACAAAUAAGAACCAGAAUUCCUUAUUUGACAGCCUUCACGUCAUUAAAGCUAAUCUUUAACCUCA